AACUUGAAAUCCGACAACAAUAUCACGUGCAAAACACACCCUAAAACCCCAAUUGGAGAAGCGUCUCUUGAUCAAGAACGAAGCAAUUCAAUUAGGGGAUUUUAGAAGCCUCUCUUUAGAUCUUUGUGUAUCUUCGUUAACACAAAUGGGUUUCGUCCAAGAAGCAAGAGAGAAUCACGUGAAGAAGAAAGUCGAAGAAGCUUUACGAAGCAAAAUGAAGGCAAAAGCACUAAAGGAAUGUGAUUAUUACACUGCGAAAUAUGCUGAGUGUGCUUCAGGAAGAACAUUUUCUGUCGUAUGGGCAUGUCGUAAACAAGCUAAAGAACUGAAUAACUGUCUUCAUGAAUUCACGAAUGAUAAUGUUUUGGAACAAAUGAAGAAAGAAUACUCACUUCAAGAAGACGCUAAGAGACCCAUUGGAGUCUAAAUAUGUUUGUUUUUUCUAGACUUAUGCUAUGGAAUUUGCUAAAAUGUCUAGAUUUUUAGUUUUAUUUCAACAAACUUAUGUAGACAUAAAGUUUAUGUACUAGUUUCUAUAAACGAAGUUAAUCUAUGGAUUUGAUAACUUU